UCUCCCCCUAUUCUCUCUCCACACUUCACCACUAUUUAUUGGCCCUUUCCAGCAUAUUCUCUCUCCCCUCUCUCCCUCCCCUCUCAAAGUUUGACAGCAAUCUUGCUGAAAUCUUCUACAGCGAACAUCAACUUGAGCGAAUUCGAGAGUUUUCUGCACCAAAAGCAGUUCCGGCGCUGCGAACAGUUUGAAUUUGGUGGUCCAAGUCGAGAUCUCGUGGAUCAAAGUGAUAGGUUUUGGUGUAUGAGAGCUGAUGUGGUCAACUGUCAAGGACUGAAAUUCAAAAGUUGAAAAGCGAGCUUUGAGGGAACUUAAGGUUGUUCUGGGAUCGUGGGGAGCAAACGGUUUCUCGGUGAAUGUGAUUUCAGUUUUGUGAACAGCUGAGUGGGUUAAUAUGGGAGUUGGUUUAGGUUUUCUGUUGACGAAGAUGAAUGAAAUAUCUGCUUCUGAUCACACCUCGGUGGUGUCGAUAAACCUGUUUGUGGCUCUUCUAUGUGCAUGUAUCGUGAUUGGGCAUCUGUUGGAGGAGACCCGGUGGAUGAAUGAGUCUAUUACGGCACUCUUAAUUGGUGUGUGCACUGGAAUUGUUAUCCUGCUAAUCAGUGGAGGCAAAAGUUCUCAUCUUUUAGUUUUCAGCGAAGAUCUUUUCUUCAUAUACCUUCUUCCACCCAUCAUUUUCAAUGCAGGGUUUCAAGUAAAGAAGAAACAAUUUUUUCGCAACUUCACAACUAUCAUGCUGUUUGGUGCUAUUGGUACUCUGAUAUCCUUUGCCAUCAUCUCCUGUGGUGCCAUGAACUUCUUCAAGAAAAUGAGUAUUGGUGAUCUUGAAAUUGGAGAUUACCUGGCAAUUGGAGCAAUUUUUUCGGCGACAGAUUCCGUUUGCACCUUGCAGGUGCUUAAUCAGGAUGAGACACCCCUACUCUACAGUCUAGUCUUUGGCGAAGGAGUUGUGAAUGAUGCCACAUCAGUAGUGCUUUUCAAUGCGAUUCAGAGCUUUGACCUAUCUCAUAUAGACUCUAGCACAUUUUUCCAACUUGUUGGCAAUUUCUUAUAUUUGUUUUUCGCAAGCACUCUGCUGGGAGUUAUGGUUGGAUUGCUAAGUGCAUACAUCAUCAAGAAGCUUUAUUUUGGGAGGCACUCAACUGAUCGUGAGUUUGCUCUUAUGAUGCUUAUGGCAUACCUUUCAUACAUGGUGGCAGAACUGUUUUACUUGAGUGCAAUUCUCACUGUCUUCUUCUGUGGGAUUGUGAUGUCGCACUAUACCUGGCAUAAUGUCACUGAGAGUUCAAGAAUCACUACCAAGCAUGCUUUUGCAACACUGUCAUUUGUUUGUGAGAUAUUUAUCUUUCUCUAUGUUGGUAUGGAUGCUUUGGACAUUGAGAAGUGGAAAUUUGUACAUGACAGCCCAGGAAAAUCAGUUGCAGUGAGCUCUAUACUAAUGGGGCUGAUUAUGGUGGGAAGAGCAGCCUUUGUUUUCCCAUUAUCAUUUCUAUCCAACCUGACCAGGAAGUCUCCAUUCGAGAAAAUUGGCUUAAAGCAGCAGGUUACUAUAUGGUGGGCUGGUCUUAUGAGAGGUGCUGUUUCUAUGGCCCUUGCCUAUAAUCAGUUUACAAGGGGAGGUCAUACCCAGUUGCCUGGGAAUGCUUUCAUGAUCACGAGUACCAUCACAGUUGUUCUCUUCAGCACAGUGGUGUUCGGGUUAUUAACUAAACCUUUGGUGAGAUUCUUGCUGCCUUCACCAAAGAACUUGACAAGAAUGCUGUCCUCUGAACCCACCACUCCCAAGUCCUUCGUCAUGCCACUUCUUUCCAAUGGGGAGUCAGAAGCUGAUCUGCCUGGCCAUCAUAUUGCCCGCCCAACCAGCUUGCGGAUGCUUCUGUCCACGCCUACUCGUACCGUGCACUACUAUUGGCGAAAAUUUGACAAUGCCUUCAUGAGGCCUGUUUUCGGCGGACGGGGUUUUGUAGCGUAUGUUCCUGGCUCUCCUACUGAACAAAGUGGGCUUAAUUUACAAUGAGAAGGGAGAAGAAACAGAAACCAGAAUCAAUUCAUCAGCAUUCUAUUGCUGGAGCAUGUGCUUUGGCUGCUCAUGUGGGGUUUUGUUGUUUAGUUAGACCUGAGUAUUGCACAGGGGGGGCUGUUUAGGUUGCUUAUGAUUUAUUUAUAUGGCUUGUGGUUUCAAUUUAAUUUUCUUGAGGAUCAAUCAUCGAUCCAAGAUUUUUGUAAAUGGCUCAGUCUCUACCCUGAGGCCAUCUCCCAGACUUGAUUUUUGUGCCCCGAGAUCCAAACUCUACGACGCACGGUGUGGCCCAAAAUUGUGUAUAGUCCAUUUAAAUUACAUACUGGAUGAAUUAGAGUGAAUUUACCCUGCCUUGGUGUA